AUGCGAUCCCCGUACUCCUCUAUCUUGGGGUUGUGGUACGCAUUCGUGGAUGCCGGCGGAGUACUCAUAUGCGUUGUGUUGGGGAGGAGGCCCGGCAGGUGUUCCAGACCACUACUCCUCGGUGUGGGCAGGAUCAAUCCACUUCUGUCAGCCAGACACUCCAAGGAUCCCGACUUGCCUGUCGAGGGAUUCACAUGGGUCACGUGUGGGUCCGUCUCGACAAGCGUGGCGAGUGAUUGGUGCCAUCACUGGCUUCAGGCCCUCCGUUGCCUUGAGGGGUCCUUCGAGACCGGCCAGGAAGGAGGCCUCCUGCUCCUCUGUGCUCCUACACCCAAUGGUGACCGUCGAACCAUAGCACUUCCUAGGCCUGUCGCCUCUGUGACUAUCCUCGCCGCGUCACUGUUGUCGGCAUGGGCACUGAGUGGGGUAUCUCCUCAGCUCCCGAUGAGCAGGUUCUGUCCCCCGCAGCACAGAAGCAUGCUCAGGGUCCCGAGGGACCGAGUCCAGGAGUGCAGCGUGGCGCAGCCGGAGGAAGGCCUCGACGCAGCUCCUUGGAACUGUCUUGUGGAGCAAAUCAUGAUCGUCCGCUGA